GAGCGGAAGAGUGACGUGUCAGCUUGUGGGGGAGGAGCCUCGAUCGGGGGGAGGAGCAUGCCGCUGCCGCGAUCGCUUCCUCCCAGCUUGACGCUGACGGACGUGGUCAUCUUAGAAACUAUGGACAUACUUUUUAGAAUAAGAGGAGGCCUGGAUUUUGCAUUUCAGUUAGCCACUACUGAUGAUUCUUCCACAAAAGAGGCACUGAAAUACAUUUUCAGGGAUGUUUCAGCCAAACUGGCUUCUGAUGUGCUGGUAUUCAGGAUUUGUCACAGCCCAGUAUAUUUGUGGCCAAACAGUGGGAUGAACUCAAUGGCAACUGAGCUUUCAGAUGACUCUGCCUGUAAGGAGAUACUACAGUUUAUUCAAUUUGAACAAGAUGGGACUAAACACAGGUUUUCAAGAAAGAAAGAUAAAAAGUUACAAGAGGUGCCAACUAUAGUAAAUAUUGAUCUCAUGUUGGAAAUUACAACAUCAUUGGAGCCUUUGGCUCCAGUCAUUGAAAAGGAAAGCAAAGAGCAUCACUACGUAAGCAUGACAUUGCCAGUUGAUGUUGUUGUCUCUGUUUCUCCUGAAGAAACAUGGCGCAAUGUGAGAAGCCUCCUAGUGAAUGCAAUUCACACACAGCUAGCAGAUGUGGAAAGAUGCAUUUUGCAACAUAUGAGAGGAACAUCAGUUGUGGUGCCUGAACAAUUUCAUUUCAUGUUACCAGGAAAAAAACAUCUAGUAACAGUUUCAUUUCCUACAGGCAUUUCUGACGAUCAGCUGGAGACUUACAGAAAGGAGUUACAUGGGCAAUUUAAUCUACCACUUGAUAGGCCUUAUUUCCGAAGAGCUAAUGCCUACCACUUUCCUGAUGAACCUUUUAAAGAUGGGUAUCUCAGAAACCCACAUCUGCAUCUCAAUCCACCUGGAAUAGAGUCUGGUAUGGUAUAUUUGGUGUAUGGCACAUAUAGUUAUCAUCAUUACAUGCAAGAUUGUAUUGAUGAUAAUGGAUGGGGCUGUGCUUAUCGAUCUCUGCAGACUAUAUGUUCCUGGUUCAGGCAUCAGGGAUACACAGACAAAGCAAUACCUACACACAAGGAGAUACUGCAGGCACUUGUUAAUGUUGGAGACAAGCCACCCAACUUUCUUGGAUCAUGCCAAUGGAUUGGUUCUAUUGAAGUGCAACUUGUGCUGAGUCAGCUAUUAGGGAUAACUUCAAAGAUACUGUUUGUCAGCCAGGGAUCUGAACUGGCCUCUCAAGGAAGAGAACUUGCUAAUCAUUUCAAGACUGAAGGAACACCAGUGAUGAUUGGUGGUGGAGUCUUGGCCCACACUAUAUUAGGGGUAGCAUGGAAUGAGAUCACCGGGCACAUUAAAUUUUUGAUUCUGGACCCACAUUACACUGGUGCUGAGGAUCUGCAUGUUAUAUUAGAAAAGGGUUGGUGUGGCUGGAAGGGUCCAGAUUUUUGGAACAAAGAUGCUUAUUAUAAUCUGUGUCUACCUCAGCGACCAAAAUGUAUCUGAAUACCUGUGUUGAAUGAUACAUACUGUAAUAAACUAGCUACUUUCUGUAUAUAUAAUGAUUUAUUUGUAUUUAAUAUCAAGAUUCUCAUGAUACCCCCACUGAAAUAAAAGUACUGCUCCAGUAUUUCAUAGUGCAAAUUAUGUAUAAGAUUAUUUUUCAAAUAAAAUCUGAUUAUAUCCUA